GCUCUGCUCGCUGCAUUAUUCACCUGCUCCACACGUGUUUACAUGAGAAGUUAGCUCGUCAAAGCAAUGAAGUUACUGUUUCUCGCCUGUCUCAGCCCCAGCACUGGGAACCACACCACAGCUGAGAGGAUCAGGUCCCACAUUGAAUCAGCAGGACACACCUGUGAGCUCCGAGAUGCAGCACAGUUUGAGUCUCCUGCUGAGGUGGCAAACCUAGUGUCUGAAAAUCCUCAGUUUGAGGGUGCAGUGGCCAUUCAUCUGUUCAGAGCAGGCAGACUUCUCUUAGACACCCAAGUCCCCUUUGGCGUUAUCUUUGGCGGAACAGACAUAAAUGAAGAUGUGAAAGUUGAGCAGAAGCGUGCGGUUAUGGAGCAGGUGCUACUGAAAGCCAGGUUUGCAGUUGCAUUUACUGACAGAAUGAAAGAAGAGGCAGAGUUAUUUCUGCUGUCCCAGAGCAGUAAAAUCUAUGUCCAGCCCCAAGGCAUCCAGACGGAAGUGGCUGAGAAAUUCUGCUGGACUGAAUUCUUGAGGAGCUCAGGUGUGAGCAGCGAGCAUGUGGAUGAGCUGCACGUCUUCCUGUUGGUCUGUGGCCUCAGAGGAGUCAAGGACCCCCUCUACCUGGUGGAGGGAUUUUCAGAGUGGCAUUGUGAGAAUCCCCUGAAUGUUUUGGUCAUUAUCGGGCCAAAGAUUGAUCCUGUACUUACAGCUGAAGUGGAAGCUGUUGUUCAAAGAACAGCAGGGGUCUUCUUGGCCCAGGAGAGGAGCCAGCAGGAGCUUCACGCUGCCAUGAAAAGGUGCUUCGCCGUGGUCAACAGCUCCGUCUCAGAGGGCAUGUCGGCCGCCAUCUUAGAGGCCAUGGAUCUUGGGGUGCCCGUGCUGGCCAGGGACAUUCCAGGGAACGCAGCUGUGGUGAAGCAUGAGAUCACUGGCCUCUUGUACUCAUCUCCUCAGGUGCACCUGUCAGACUCAUACUGCAGACCGCUGCUCAGCACCCUCCCAGCGAAGCAAAAUCAGGACAGAACAGAGCCCCCAAAAGCCGACAGAGUCCAGUUUGACAUCAGGGGGAUACAGUAAUGAGGUGAUCCACAGCCAGGAUUCUGACUCCGGGGAUGCCAAAGACAUCAUCAGGCUCAUCCAAAGCCAACAAGAAAACCACCUCUGUGUUGUUGACAUCGUGUCAAAUGUUUUCUUCACAUACAUAUUGCUCCUUUAAACAUUUUCUUAUAAGCACUGAACAGAAAGUAGAGCUGAGGCUGAUCGCAACUAUAUUUUAACAACCCAUUAAAAAUGUUGCUGAGAGAUCUCACUCGUUUUCAUACGGUCCAUCAGAUAAUUAUUAAUGGCUCGCUGGUAAAUCGCACUCCCACUGCUCUUACUACAAACCCCACAAUGCACUGCGACAGCCGGAACACAGGUCAUUGGCCAAGACCUGUGCACCACCCCUCCUUCCGCUGCUUCACUAAUGAACAUGCAGCGACAUUAAA